AAAAACUUCGACAAACAUCAAAAUAUAACCUAAAAUUAUAGUUUCAGCUGACGUUUCAAACUAGAUAAAGUUAAAUUAUUAAUUAUUAAAUUGCUUUAGUUUGGGUUAGUUUCGUUAAUUCUAUGAGAUAAAUAUAAUAUCUAUCAUAUACUGGUCGGUGAUUAUUAUAAUGGCACCUCUAAGAAGCACAGAAUUGGAUGAGAAAAAUAUGGACGGGGUUGUAAAGUUCGUGUCGGCAAUUAGAAGCGGGAAGGUGCAUGGUUCUAAAAACAUAGCGAUUGCAACAGUUGAUCUACUGGAACAGAUCAUCAGUGACUCUGAGGAUACCAAUGCUUUGGCUCUGAUGGGGCGAGUGCGCGCGGCGGGGCGCGAGGCGGCGCGCGCGCUGCCGGCCGAGCUGUCCGCGCACAACAUGGUGCGCCGCGUGCUGCGCGCCGUGCGCGACGAGCAGCGCACGCACGCCAAUCAGAGCGUGGAAGGCGCGGGGGAAUCCCUGCAGCGACUGGUGCUGGCAACGCCGAGCCGGCGCGCCACGCUCGGCCCCUGCGGCCAGGAUCUGCGCGAGCCUAUACGAGAUCACAUCGCAGAGCUUCGCGCAGAAUUGGAUUCCAGUACAUCAUCCAUCUGUUCGCAAGCCAAGGAACACGUUCACGCGGACGAGCUCAUCCUGACCUACGGAGCCUCGAGCCUGGUGGAACGGUUCCUACGCGCCUCGGCCACCAAGCGCUUCCGGCUGCUGCUGGCUGAGAGCACGGAGGUUGCAGAGAGUCACGCGAUGGCAUCACGCUUAGCCACAGCGGGCGUGUCGGUGACCGUCAUAAGCAGUGCAGCCGUAGGGGCGUUAAUGCCAAGAGUUAACAAGGUGGUAGUGGGAGCCCUGGGCGCGCUGGCGGGGGGUGCUGCGCUGGCGCCCGCGGGGCUGCUAGCCGUCACCACUGCGGCCGCGCAUCGCGCCGUUGCUGUGAUCGUGCUGUCUCCCUUGUACAAGCUGUCCCCCUUGCACGCGUGCGAGCGGGACCACUUCAACGCGCUCGCGCCUGCGCACAAAGCGCUGCCUUAUAUGAGUGCAGAGACUGCGCAUGCGCACGUGGUGUGCCCUCAGUACGACCUGGUGCCUCCCGACCACAUCACGCUCUUCAUCACCAACCUGGGAGGAAGCUCACCAUCCUACAUUUACCGUCUGCUGUCGGAGCUUUAUGAUCCAGCGGAUUAUCAACUAGCCCGGUCUUGGUCGCAGAUCGAUACGGUGUGGUAUGGCGCAGCGAUGAGCCAAGGGGGCUCCAGAAGGCCCUACUCCCGCGGGGGCCCACGCUGGCACCCGCGGUACAAGGACUACUGGGACUACGAGCAGAACUACAGCGAUGGCAGCAGUGGAGGCAGUCCGAAGGAGGCAUGCGUGGCCAACUCCCCCCCACCGGUGCCCACCAAGCGACAUCCCCACCACCACGAGCAGAGGAGGAUGAGUGUCGGCGGGGGUGCAGGCGGCUCGCGGCGCGCCGAGCGUCGCACUACCGGCCCCUCAGAACGACGGAGAACAGAACUGCGCGUCAGCCCCGGUGCGGGCGCGGGCCCUUCAGCCGAGUCGCCGCAUCUGCACCACGUCCCGCACCACCAUCAUCAUAUGGACACCAACCCACUGGAAGGUGCAGCACCCAUAGUGGAAUCCGUUGUGAGCGGGGCAGGCUCAUCCGAUGGGGAGCUGUCCAGCAAACCUGGGGACAGCCCCACCAGGAAACGGAGACGGAUCUCGAGGCAUCUGUCAUCAGGGGAGAGCAAUGUAUCGGUGACUGCGCCGCCGGUCGAAAGGCGGACACCGAGGCACCAUUACCAACCACCUCGUCGCGUGCGGUACAUGAGCGGCAACGGUGCGGGCGUGUGGCACGAGCGACUGCUCGAGCAGCACCAACCGCACCCGCCGCACCCGCACCCCGCGCACCCGGCGCACCUGCCGCACGCGCACCACACGCCGCUGCUACUCGACAUCAACCAGAUGUCACUACGAGGCGCGCGGCUCAACGCCCUAGGCGGUGGUAUGGGUUGGCCGCACCCACACGCGGCGCACCCCCACGCGCACCCACACCCGCACGCGCACCCACACGCGCACCCUCAUCGCGAUCACCCUACCAGGACUCAGAUGGGCGGCGUGUAUGCAGCGGGGCUGCAGUACCACGGCAGCUUUGCGCCUCCGCCGCCGCCAAGAGGUCCGUUCGCGUCGCCGCCGCACCCGCACACGCACUAUAUCACCAAUUCGCAACGAGCGGAAGGCGGUCGGCUAGAAAUGAUGGGCAGCGGGGAAGGCACCCUCUCACCCCUACAAGCCCCGCCCGACCUACACCACGCGCCUCUGUUACUCGCGACCGAGGCUCGAGGAGGUCCCUUGGAGUUAAUGGCGCCUCAUCACGCGAGGCACGCGCUCUCGCACCAUCACCACCAACGUCGCAACGGCGGCGGUGUGGGCGUAGGGUCCCAUGUCAGUGUGGGCGUGGGGUCCGCCCAUGUCAGCGUGGGCGUUAUGGGCGCAGGGUCUCGUGCGGCACGGCCCUACGUGCGGGCCGCCCCGCGUUGGGCGACGCAUCCACACGCCCACACUGUACAUCACAUACACGCACAGGGCGGCGGCGGACUGGUGUCUGCGGCGCUGCCGGCGCAGCUGCACGUGGCCUCGCCGCUGUCGUUGCCGCCGCCGCCACCCACCUACCAGGUGUUCCUCAACCUCCUGGCGAUGUUCCCGCUAUCGCCGUACGCGGAGGCCCGUGACGAGGCCGGCGAGUCCCCCGAAACCGAGAACUACGAGGCCUUACUGUCCCUCGCGGAGAGACUCGGCGAGGCUAAGCCUCGGGGCCUCGCGAGGCACGAGAUAGACCUGCUGCCUUCCUACAAGUACUCCGAGCAGACGCAUCAAGGCGAGCAAACGUCGUGCGUCGUGUGCAUGUGCGAGUUUGAAGCGAGACAGACGCUGCGUGUUCUCCCUUGCGCUCACGAGUUCCACGCCAAGUGUGUCGACAAAUGGCUCAGGUCGAAUCGAACGUGCCCUAUAUGCAGAGGGAAUGCAUCAGAAUACUUCAACAAUUCAGAGUGACUCGCGGGAAAAUCUCAUCCUUGCGGCGUUCAUUACAAGGGCGAUUGUCGCUUGUGACGUGCGAUCUAGUGGCACGAAACUUGAGUUACUGUACAUGGAUAUCUUGAAAGGGUCUUAAGACGCGAUUGGACUGACUAGCGGUUGGUUGAAGCAUAAAAUAUCAAAUAUUAACAUAUGAAAUAUUAUCAAGACUUCAAUUCAGCGCAAUAAGUCAUCUAAAAGCGUUAAUAAGUCGAAAGAUUUACUAGACAACGUCUCGUUUCGUGCCAAGCAAUAAUAGCCAUUAGUUGGUGGUGUUAAAGUCGACAUUGUAGUGCCAGGACGUUAGCGAUUGCCAAACAUGUAACAAAGUCAUUUGAUGGUUUUCUAUUUAUUUGCGUGAUUCAGUAAAUAUGGUUAAAUAAACGUAUUAUUGCAGAAAAAAUAAUCGGAUUUGGCAGUAAAAAUGAUUAAAUAGACAAUUUAUAAAGAAAUUUAAAUGACCGAAACAUUGGAGUAAAUAUGCUUUUUGUGAAAACUAAUAAACAGUAACUAUUACAGUAAAUGUUUUCAGUAAAACGUGUUAAAUUUAUUGAAUCUAAAAAUACAUUGAAUAAUUCUGUAAAUAAAUACAUAUUACUGGCAGUAAAAGUAAUUGUUGCUGAAGUGUAGUUUACAUGGAGAGAAUUUUUUUGGGUUUUUUUUUUGUUAACGUUAAAAAAUGGGAAAUCAUCAAAAGUCGAUUAUAAUUUUUUCAUGUUUUCGUUUUGUAUAAUUUUUCAUAGUUACCGGAAUAAAAUCGCCCUUAUUUUUUAAUGUGUAAUAAUUAUUAUAAGAGUAUAUAUUAAUUAUAGAAUAAUAAAAUAGCUGUGCGGCCUUAGUUGUGUGCAUGAGUUGCGUAUAUGU